AUGCAUAAAACAUAUCAAUUCGACUCAAAUCAGAAACCAAAAAUAAAGGACUUAUGCUUGGAAGACAAAAAGAAAAUCGGAAAAUUGAUUAAAAGAUUGGCACAAGAAAGAGAAGAAAAGGAAAUACUCUUAAAAAAAUUAGCAGAUAUGCAAUAAUCAGAAUAAAAAUAAUAAAGAUUGCAAACUGAAAUUGAAAAACUAGAUGAAGAGAUCUCACAAUUACAAGAUCAAGAAAAGCAAUCACAUUAUUAAACCCCUUAAUUGUAAACUUAAAGCAAAUAAAAAUUAUUGUAUAAAUUUGAAAAUGAUGAUGAGAACAUUCAUCAAAGUCCAAACUUUAAAGUCCUAAAUCAAAUCAAUUAAGAUUAAAAGAGUCUCCCAUUAAAAUUGACCAAUAAAUAUAAAACUUCUAUGGUCCAAUAACAAAGUUAGCAAUAGCCAGUAGUGUAAUAAAAAAAGUCAUCCAAAAAGAAGAAAGAAAUACUCAUGAAGAAGAUUCAAGAAUUUGAAAAAAUAGUGAACAGAUUGAAUUUUUCAAAUGAAUAAAGUAUUGAAUUAACUACCAAUAGAAAGUCUGAAGAGUAAAAUUCUCAAUUGAAUAAUACUAGUUAUCUUCAGAAUGUAUUUUAGAAAUUAUUGAACAUUGAAUAAUAAUCCCUCCCAACCUAAUAGACAGUUAGAUCAGAAUAGUAGAGCGAGAUCCAAUAGAAUUAAUUUCAAUAGCCACCGCAAUAUAAUGAAGAUGAUCUCAUCAUUCAAUUGUUGAAUUCAGAUGCUUCAUCCUACAAACCCAAAAAUCAAAAUACUUUAAAUAAUAUAUCUAAUGUAUCUAGAUAAAAGUAAUAACACAGCAGGAAUAAUUCAACAAUUCUAUAAAAUGAGAAUUAAUAGAAAAAAUAGAAAAUAACAUUUGAUCAAAUCCCAUCUCCAAUUGUAUAAGAUGCAUAUUGCAAGAAUGUUGUAUAGAAAUAUAACUCCUUAUUGCAAGAAUUAAAUAGAUAACAAUGA